AUGGCCGUGCCUAAAAAGAAGAUACCCGAUUCCGCCUGGAACACAGCCACGUUUUUGCUCACCAAGCAGCCGGAAGAUUUCGCGGACGGUCAUCGCGUUAAAAUCGCGAUCGUCGGCAGUGGUUACACAGGCGUGGCCGUUGGAAUCGCGAUUCUCUUCAAGCGUCUCGCCUCCGAGCUGGUGUUCAUAGACAUGAACGAGGAAUUGGCGAAAGCCGAGGCGGAAGACAUCAGCCACGCGGCGGCCUUCCUUGGAAAUCCGAGGAUCAUCGGUACCAAAGAUUGUUCGUUGGCGAGGGACGCGACAGUAUGCGUGAUUACUGUGGGAGAUAAGGCUACGAACGGACAGGAUUCGAGCACCGUGCUGCAGAAUAAUUUGAAUAUAUUCAGGGAAGUGAUACCGAACGUGUGCAAGUACGCGCCGAAUAGCGUGCUCUUGAUUAUUACCGCGCCAGUGGACAUAUUAUCGUACGCAGCGAUGAAACUCUCAGGCUUCCCGCCACACCGAGUCGUUGGACUUGGCACGUUUUUGGACAGCUGUAGGUUUCAGUACUUCAUCGCGCAGAAGCUCGGAAUUUCGGCGAAAGCUGUACAAGCCAGUAUAAUUUGCGAGAACGGGCCUACGUCUGUGCCUAUAUGGUCAGCUGUGACGGUAAUGGGCAUUAAACUGAAAGACAUCAACAAAGACAUAGGCACCAAGGCGGACCCGGAGUCCUGGGGCGAGCUGCACAACAAAGUAAUCGAUUGCGACAGCGAUCUUAUCUCGAGGAAGGGUUAUCGCUGCUGGGGCACCGGUAUUUGCGCCGCUGAGGUUGUGGACGCCAUCGUGCGGAAUACCUGCAUUUGCAUCACUCUAUCCACGUAUCUGAAAGGUUGUCGUCACGGCCUAGAAAAAGACGUCUACAUGUCUCUACCUUGCAUAAUCGGCAGAAACGGCAUCCAAACUCUACUCCGUCAUCCCUACACCCCCGAAGAACAGGAGCAAACAGAAGCGUCAUGUCGAGCCAUCUACGAGACCCAAAAAUCCAAUGUAAACGGUCUAGAAUAA